CUUGACCAUCACAGCCUCUUUCGCUGGCAGAGACUGGUCCUUCUUACCCUUCAUCGUCUAUCCACAUCUCCCUCUUCCCGCGCAAUCAUGGCAGACCCAACAUCACCUCGCCGCACACCGUCAUCCUCAUCCGCGGCGUCGGCGUCACGUCGCGGCUCGAACCCAUUCACCAAGAACCAAGAUGUGGCCGCCCUGGCCGAGUCUAUUCGCCGCCAAUCCAUCGGCCAUGCCUCGUACUCGUCAGAGACCAUCGAGGAGGGGUCUGAGGACGAGGACGCCGAGACUCCCGGCAUCGGUCCUGGUCCUCACAUCCAGAAGCGCACUCACGUCCGCGCAGGAUCGGCUACGGGCGCAGGCACGGGCGUUUCGCAGCCUACCGCCGACGCCUUUCAAGCUGCGGGACUGCCUCUGCGCCCGAAGCUUGGUCCAGCCGGCGGCAGCCAGCGUCAUGUAGAGGUCUCCAGCCUUGCCAAUCCGGACAUUGCCUACGGCGAGGAAGCUGCCCGUAUGGACGAAGAGAUCGGCGCCAUCCUGCGCUCAUCUAGCGAUCGCUCCAUCCCUACUCGCAACCGCGGAAUCAUUCGUACAUACUCCAUGGCUCAGCAGAAGCGACGCCCCCAGCUCAUGAACGAUGACCGCAUCAUUCGACAGCGACGACUCAGCCACGAUGCCAUCCAGGAAAGCCCGCGUCGCUUCAUCGUCGACGUCGAGGAGACAAUGAAGCUUGUGCUCGAGCAGGAGGACACGGACGGUAAUUUCCAGAUCAGUGUAACUGACAGCGGACCAAAGGUACUGUCGCUCGGUACCGCCACCUCGAAUGGUUACCGCGGCGUCGAGGUGCGCGGUCAUUACAUGCUGUCCAAUCUUCUGCAGGAGUUGGCCCUUGCCCGCGAGCACGGCAGAAAGAGAAUUGUAUUGGACGAGUCGCGAUUGAACGAGAAUCCUGUCGACCGACUCUCGCGCAUGAUCAGCCAGACCUUCUGGCACAAUCUUACUCGCCGCAUCGACGGCUCGGCGCUGGAACGUAUCCUCAACGACCCCAAGAAUCGUUCGAAGAGUCAGUCGCCGCGCAUCUUUGUCCCUGCCUCGGAGACGGCGCAGAUCGAGUAUUACCAAGCCUGGGCAGCCAAGAACCCGGACUUCAAUCUCACCGUCGAGAUCCUGCCCAAGGUUCUUACGGCAGACUACACUCGCGAUCUCAAUGAGCGGCCCGGUCUACUUGCUCUCCUCAUGAAGGAGGUCACGACUGAAGAUGGCGAGAAGACGCUCGAGGGCGUCCCGUUCAUCGUUCCCGGCGCUCGCUUCAAUGAGCUCUACAAUUGGGAUUCUUACUUCAUCUCCCUUGGUCUCGUGGUGGACAACAUGGUCGAGAUGGCGCAGGGCACCGUGGACCACUUCAUCUUCGAGAUCAAGCACUACGGCAAGAUUCUCAACGGCAACCGCACGUACUACCUCAUGCGCUCUCAACCGCCCUUCCUUACCGACAUGGCUCUGCAAGUCUACUCUCGCCUCAAUCCCGAAAAGGAAGACGAGAAUAAGGCAUGGUUGAAGCGCGCUAUCCAGGCCGCAAUCAAGGAAUACCAUACCGUCUGGGCGUGCCAGCCUCGUCGCGACCCCAAGACCGGCCUCAGCCGCUACCGCCCUGAGGGGCGCGGUGUGCCACCCGAGACCGAGGCUAGCCACUUUACCCACGUUCUGCGCCCGUACGCCGAGAAGCACGGCUUGAGCGUCAACGAGUUCACGCGCAAGUACAAUUACGGCGAGGUUCUCGAGCCUGAGCUCGACGAGUACUUCAUGCACGACCGCGCCGUGCGCGAGUCUGGCCACGACACCACCUACCGUCUCGAGAAGCGUUGCGCCAACAUGGCUACGGUGGACCUCAAUGCCCUCCUCUACAAGUACGAGGUCGACAUCGCUACCGCCAUUCGCGAGCUCUUCGACGAUGAGCUCAUGCUCGAAGACGAAUUUGAGCUGCUCGGCCCUCUACCGCCCUCGCUUGCUCCUCAGGGGCAGCCGGCCAAGCCCUCCUUCUCCACGAAGGCCCCACAGACCUCCCGCGAGUGGUUCGCCCGCGCAGCGUACCGUAAGCAGCAGGUGGACAAGUACUGCUGGAACGAGGGCAUGGGCCUGUACUAUGACUACGACACCGUCAAGGAAGAACAAUCUGUCUACGAGUCCGUCACCUGCUACUGGGCCAUGUGGGCUGGAAUGUCUUCCGAGUCGCAGGCAUCCAAGCUGGUCCACCAGUCGCUCAAGCGUUUCGAGGUCCAGGGAGGGCUGAUCCCAGGCACGGAAGACUCUCGCGGCAAGAUCACCUUGGACCGCCCUAAUCGUCAAUGGGACUACCCCUUCGCUUGGCCACCCCACCAGAUGCUCGCCUGGGUCGGGCUGGAGCGAUAUGGCUACCUCGAAGAGGCCCGUCGUCUCGCGUACCGCUGGCUCUACCUCAUGACCUCGGCCUUUUCCAACUUCAACGGCGUGGUACCCGAGAAGUUCGACGCGGUCAAGCUCUCCCACAUGGUGGCUGCCGAGUACGGCAAUCAGGGCAUCGACUUCAAAUACAAGAACUCCAAUGGAUUCGGGUGGACCAACGCUAGUUACCAGGUUGGACUGACAUUCCUCACAAAGCACCAGAGGAGGGCUCUUGGGGCGCUGCAGACGCCGGAUGAGCUGUUCUACGGGAAGACAGGCGGCGAGGCUGCAUAG